UUAUAAAUUUGAUGUUUUUUUUUUUCAUUUAAAGACAAGUAAAAAUGUUAAUAAGAUCAUAUUUAAGAGAAACAAUCGAUGGAAUUAUUUAUAAAAAUAUUGAAUGCGAGUCGGAAAUGAUCAAUGUAAUUAACAUGUUUUUUGGAGAUUUUACAGAAGAUGUGCCAAUCAACAAGUUCAUUAUUUCGCGCUUCGGUGUAACUACAAGAAGCUUUCAUUGGGAAAUGCAACUCCGAGAAGCUUUUCAAGAUGGGGUCAGCAUAAUUGCAGUUGACGAAAAAACAAACAACAUAGUUGGAUUUCAAAUUAAUACUAUUAUAGAUUUAAAAAGAACAUCUAAAACUGAUGUUGAAGAAUCCAUAUACGAUGCUGAAAAGCAAUUUGAUCUAUUUCGAAUCAUAAAUCAUAUUUGCACUGAUAUGGCUGACGUUAACCAUUUGCUGCUUAAAAAAAUACCGUCACUUCAAAGGAUUUUUGAUUCAUAUGCAAUUGGUGUUUCAAGAGUGUUCAGACAAAAAUCUAUUGCAUUUAACUUACUUAAGUAUUCCUUAAAGAUUGCCAGAAAUGUUGAAACACAAUGUGCCACUAUAUUUGCAGCAAACCCUGUUACUGAAAAGCUUGCGUGUAAAUUCAAUUAUCUAAAAAUUAAAAGCAAAAGCUGGAAUACGUUUGAAGUUGAUGGUCAAAAGAUAUUUGCUGAUUAUCAAAGCGGAUCAGAAAACUGCAAUAAUUUCUACUUAGAUUUUUGUUAACGAUAUUAUGACCAUGAAUAUUCUCUUUAAAUAUUUUGGAAUAUUUAAAUUGUAAGAGGAACUCAAUGACAUAAAAAGCGUUAUGUAGACUUAUGAGUGUUAUGUAGACUUUAUGAGAAUAUUUAAAGAUUUUUUAAGUUUAUUCUAGUCAAAUUUUUUCAAUUUAAAUUAAUUAACUUCUGCAAAGGACGUUUUUUGAUAAAAGUUUGAAUUCUAUUGAUAAAUUUUGAUUUAACGAAAGAUAGCCCACGAAGCUUUUUCAAAAUAUUAUUCCUCUCACAUAGGGAGUUGAGGUGAUAUUUUGUUGAACGUUUGUUGUGAACCUAUAACUACUGUUACUAUGAUUUUAUUUUUUUCAAAGUUUUUUUAAUUGAUACCAGUUUAAACAUAGCGUAAUCUGUGCAAAGUAAAAAACGUUUUGAGGGAAUUUUUAUAACUUCAGGUGUAAUCACGUUUAUAAAAAGAAACAUUAAAGCCCACCAACACA